UUUCCUAGGAAACUGUUUCAAAAAUAAUUUAUUUUUAUCAACGUAGCCACAUAUCAUUUAUUUAAAAUUCGUUAUUUAUCAGUAACUUUAAUACAUAGAACUUUUUCACUAUUUUUACCUUUAUAUGUAAGCAUACACCACUGACUUAGUGCGCCGGUUUUUGAGCACCCGGUAUGUCGAAGAGUUUUAACAACACGUACCUAAUCAAUAAUAAUUAUAGCUUAAUGGCGACAAAAAAUGCAGUUACCAGCGAUAUUUAAUUAAAAAGAAAUAAUUACCGGUUUUUAUUGCUUAAAUUAUUAGUUCAAAACUUUAUUAAAAUAGAGUAGAAAACCAAAAUAAACUCUAGUUUUGUGGAGACCACUUUAAAAUAAUGUCUGAGCUAAUACAAGUAGGAACCACUGAUGUAAUAAAUCUACCCUUGAAAUCCAUUGGUAUAAUUUUUCAUGAUAAACUGAAAAAGUGGAAUCCAAUGAAAACAUUAUUGACCGAUACAGUAUCUGGCGAAGUUGUGAAUUAUGGAACCUUCUCCAAACUCUUAAAAAUACUAGCACAUGAGCUGCAAAAUAUUGGAAUUAAACAGGGAGACGUUCUAACUAUAAUAUCACAAAAUCAUUGGAAAUAUUUGUUGACACUAAUCGCCGGAUUUUAUGUUGGAGCAAAAGUAAAUCUCCUAAAUCAUGACUACACCUCAGGAGAACUAAAACAUAUCAUGUCGACGUGUCGACCAAAAGUAGUUUUUUGUACCCACAAGUCUUUACAAGCUCUUCUCGAAUUAAAAAACGAGGAUUAUUUCGCUCCAAAAAUAUAUAUUUAUGAUGCCCCAACUUCUGACUAUGCAGUUAAUUUUGAAAAUUUGAUUGAAAGCACAAAUGAUAGUGAAAACUUUUGCCCAGUUGAAGCAAAUCCGAACGACGUUUCCCUAAUUUUAACAUCUUCAGGCACCACAGGAUUUCCAAAAUGCGUCCAGUUAACAAAUUCUAACAUUCGCUACACCAUGACUUUUAUGGCGGAUCCCGACCUAAUUGACUUCAACGAAAACGAAUCAACAAUUGCCUUUUUGCCUUUUUUUCACAUUUUUGGUUUUGCCGUUGGAGUUGGAUGUGUUCUCCUCGGAGUCGAAUUUGUAAUUCUUGAGAAAUUCGUUCCUGACUUGUUCCUUAAAACGAUUCAAAAUUACAAAAUUACUAAACUUUUCGGAGUUCCUCCCGUUUUUCAUUUUUUGAUUAAGAGUCCUAAGGUGCAAGAGUAUGAUAUUUCUUCAAUGAGAGAUGUUUUGUGCGGAGCUUCGUUUCUUAGUAAAGAAAUAGAGGAACUGGUUGUGAAAAAAUUAAAUGUGGUGUCGGUACGACAAGGUUAUGGCAUGACUGAAGCUUCAGGUGCCAUUACUUUGAUUCCAAAAAAUGCGAAGAAAUAUGGUUCUUUGGGAAAACCGACGACUGGUGUAUUGAUUAAAGUUUGCCACACUGAGACGGGUGAGGUACUACCUGCGAAUUCAGUGGGAGAAAUCAGAUUCAAAAGUGAUGGAGUAAUGAAGGGGUAUUUGGGAAGUGAUAAAGAAACUAAACAAGCCUUUGAUGGAGAAGGGUUUAUGAAAACUGGCGAUUUAGGGUAUUACGAUGACGAAGGUUUUUUUUACAUAGUAGGAAGACUGAAAGAAAUAAUAAAAUAUAAAGGAUUUCAGGUAUCACCAGCUGAAUUAGAAAAUAUUUUACUGCAACAUUCAGCCGUGAAAGAUGUUGGUGUUGUUGGCAAGCCUGAUGAGCGAGCAGGAGAAGUACCGGUUGCCUUAGUCGUAAAACAAGCAGAUGUUACAGAAGAAGAACUUGUGCGUCAUGUUGAAAAAAAUGUUUCAGCUCAAAAACGGCUCUACGGAGGAGUAAAAUUUGUCAAAGAAAUUCCGAAAAACUCUAGUGGUAAAGUACUACGCAUGAAAUUAAAGGAAUUGUUGUAACAACAUAAAUAAUCUAAUAAAACAAGACUAAGCGUAAAUUUUCUUUAACUUUGUCAAUAAAUUUAUCUGUUGUAUGUAGUAAAGUAGUACUCUUGAAAGUAUUUCUUUAAGUAAUUAAUAGAUUUUAUAAAUGUUGCAAUAAAAAUUACACAGGAUGUCUCAGCAAAUUGAUAAUAGUCCAUUGAAUAA